AUGGACCUGUACAAGCUGUCGGGUCGUGUCAGCGGCGGCGUUUGUCUGCAGUGCCGGCAUUAUACAGCAGGAAGACACUGUCAUUAUUGCCGGGAAGGUUACUACAGGGACCCGGCGAGACCGAUCACGCAUCGCAAGGCCUGCAAAACGUGUGACUGUCACCCGAUUGGAGCCUCCGGAAAAACGUGUAACCAAAGUACAGGCCAGUGCCCGUGUAAAGAUGGUGUAACCGGUACCACUUGUAACAGAUGUGCCAGAGGUUACCAACAGAGUAGAUCGCACAUUGCGCCUUGCAUCAAUCAAUGUGGAAAGUGUCGAGCCAGCACUAAGAGAUUAAAUCUGAACAAGUACUGCAAAAGAGAUUACGCUAUCUUGGGUAGAAUAACAGAGAGACACAAAAAGAACGAUGGUUCUCCGAGUGGUACAAGCGUAUCCGGUUCAGUUUGGACGCGAUUCACUUUGAACAUCGAUUUCAUUUACAAGAAGGCUCCGAAUUCGAGGAUCCGACGCGGUGAUGUGUUCCUCUAUGUUCACUCGGCUGAUUUGACCUGCAGGUGCCCGAAAAUCAAACCGAACAAAUCGUACUUGAUUCUUGGCCAGGAGAGCGACGGCGGUGGUCAAGGUGGGCUGACGGUGACACAAAGGUCGAUCGUCAUCGAGUGGCGCGACGAAUGGCACCGCCGAAUGCGACGCUUCCAGCGGAGGGCGAGAUCGUGUAAUUGAACUAAUUCGCGUCGUACCAAGGAAAAUAGACGGAGAAA